AUGGGAAAUAGUCCAAGUUAUCUUGAUUACGCUGCUGCUUACGCCAGCUGUACUGGGAGUCCUUUCUUGCGACGCAAUGGCCAGUUGGUUUCAGUAAGAAGUCAGAACAGUGGGUGGUACAGUACUCCGAUUAUCCACACUCCUCCUCCACCGCCCACCAUUUGCACCCAUCCAGCCGUACACUACUCUCAACCACCUUCAGUAGUUACUACUAGUUACAGUGUGAACCCAACUAUUCCAUAUUUUUCAAAUCAAUAUGUCGUGAGUACACCAUUUCAACCAAGUUACUUUGAAUCAGGACAAAAGAUGUUUUACGGCUAUAGAUAA